AUGUUGGCCACCGCAUCUUCACCCAGAUCCAACAAUCCACGGAUGGGCAACAUCAUUAGCAAGUCCUUCCCGAUAGUCCCUCGGAUGAGCAAGAACGAUCCGGCAGCGACGGCGUCAACAACAACCGCGCCACUCAUUCCGGACAAAAUUAUGCCAAACGUGUACCUGUCGGACAUUCACACGGCUCGCGCCGUCCUGAGUCCCAACUAUCCUGCACCAAAUCGACCUAAAAUCCGCUAUGUUCUUUCUGUCAUUGACAAUGCUGAUCGACAGCCAAAAGUCCCAGCGGGCCAUGAGCCAGAAUUUGUCCUCAAACUGAUCCUUCUCCGUGACAAUGCCAACAAUGAUCUCCUCCAAGCCCUGCAGGAGGCUUGUACCUUCAUCAAAUCCAGUUUGGCAAAUGAUGAUGGCGGAGUCCUCGUUCACUGCCAGAAAGGCGUCUCUCGUUCUGGAUCAGUCAUGAUCGGCUUCAUCAUGGGGGAAAUGGACCUCGACUACGACACAGCCUUGCGAUAUGUUCGUCGUGGUCGAUCCAAAGUCAAACCGAAUUCCGGCUUCCAGAAGCAAUUGGAGUUGUGGCGUCAACUGAAGUUCAGCAUCUACAAGCCUGACGGCACAGAGAAAGAUGAGUAUCAGAUCUGGAAGGGCAUCAAUGAAGAGCAGAUCCAGGCUUUGGGUUCGCGUUGGACAGGGCAGAAAUAG